AUGAUCAUCAACGAGAAGGCACCGCUCUCCCGCGCCAUGUUCCAGGAGCUGGAGCGCCAGGCACCGCCGGGCAUCCCCGUCCUCCAGCCGGAGCCGGAGGAUCCCGACAUCUGGCAGGUCCUGGGGGGUGACAAGGAUGACUUCCUCGUCUACGACCGGUGCGGCCGCCUGGCUUUCCACAUCCAGCUGCCCUACAGCUUCCUCCACUUCCCCUACGUGGAGUCGGCCAUCCGCUUCACCCACAGCAAGGACUUCUGCGGCAACUGCUCCUUCUACCCCAACACCACCCUGGAGGCUAACGGUACCGUGGGGGGCCCUGUAACCCUGAGCCCACCUCCUGAACAAGAGGGGAAGGAGUCAGAGACCCCCAUCCACCAGCACAACCCCCUCCAUCCUCACCACCACCACCGCGAGGUCGGAGGCGAGAGAGCCACGGACCCGAGCGGGGACCAUGAACCUGCCACCCAUGCUCAUCGCCACCACGGAGACCACGGCCAGCCCCAUCACGAGGGGAAGAAGCAGAAGGAGGGAGAUGAGCGCUAA